CUGUUGCAUAAUCUAGUAGAAUGGCUUCUCGGAGUCUAAGAGAAGAAGAAAUUGAGCAACAUCUCUUUGAUUAUGAGGUCAGCAAGGACGGAUAUGAAGAUGAUGACGACAGCGUUGCGGACCCUGACUUUAUUCCAGAUCUGGAGCACCCGUUCGAAGAUGAUGCUGUUGAAGUGGUUGAAGGAUUAGAUAUCGAUGAUAUUAUUGAGAACUUAGAGCACAAUGUAAGUACUUCUCAGCCUUCAGCUACCAUAGAAUCUUCUUCUCAGCCAGGACCAUCAGCUCGUCGUCAAAGCAAGCCUAAACUGAAUGUACGCUGGAGAAAGAAAAACUUACAACGAAACGCUACUCGGUUGAGUAUGUUGGCAGUGUAGAAGAAUCGGAGAUAUCCACAGUCGCCUGGAAAAAAAAUUCUUGGACCUUGUCAUGUCUAAUGCCUGGAUUUUAUAUAAAAGGGUCCGCAAGGCGAACAACCCGCAAGAUGCGCAGCUGUUGUCUUCAGCAGAUUUUCGCGAAGAGAUUGCUACA